AAGUGUGUGUAUAUAUACAAGAAUAUAAUCAAUCCUGAGAUUGAUUUGUAAUGUCUGAAAUGCUUCCGAAUCCGCCGGAGACGUCUGUUUUGCUUCAAAGACUCAUCCCGGGGGCGGCGGCCACGUGUAAGCAAUCACAGCCGCAGUAUCAACGGCGGACGCCGAUACCCUGCGACAGCCGUGUCCCGGAAACGGCGGCCAGAUAUCACGCGUAUUCGGUGAGUCCCAACCAGUGCUGCUCCGCCGUGAUCCAGUACAUCGCCGCCCCGGUCGCCGCCGUGUGGGCCGUCGUGCGCCGCUUCGAUAACCCGCAGGCGUACAAGCACUUCGUGAAGAGCUGCCACGUCAUCGCGGGGGACGGCGACGUGGGGACGCUCCGCGAGGUGCGCGUGGUGUCCGGCCUCCCCGCGGCCAACAGCACGGAGCGGUUGGAGAUCCUGGACGAGGAGCGCCACGUCAUCAGCUUCAGCGUCGUCGGCGGGGACCACCGCCUGGCGAACUACCGCUCCGUGACGACGCUCCACCCGGAGGCGAGCGGCGGAGACGGCGAGGACGAGGCCGGCACCGUCGUGGUGGAGUCGUACGUGGUGGACAUCCCGCCGGGGAACACGCGGGAGGAGACGUGCGUGUUCGUCGACACUAUCGUGAAAUGCAACCUCCAGUCGCUGGCGCAGAUCGCCGAGAGCUCCGGCAGACGAAACGCCGCUUGAAUUGAUCGCCGAUCACGACACGCAUGCAAAAUGAAAAACAAGAAAUAAUCGAGUGCCGAUGAAUUGAAGGCUCCCGCGGAGUGAAGGAGGUGAUGAUAGCUUAAUUAAUUUAAUUAAGCUCUGAUCUUGCCGUGAGUAGUUGCAAUCAUCAUUAUUAUCAUGUGUAAUGUUUUGUACUUCGAUCACACCAUAUAUAGCUUCAAAAUCAUCACGACAACAUAUUAGUUCCCAAGUUCAAAGUUUGUGCUUUAAUUUUGUUGAAUACCAGGUUGUCAAAAUUGCUU